AGUGUUGAUAUCACCCUUUGUAUCGUUCCUGUUGAUGUCGGUAUCGAUCUCCUAGCUUGAAGGUGAAGUAUCUUCAAACGUGACUUCACUCCUCUCGGCAGGUUCAAAAUGUCACCCAGUAGACUUUUAACCAGCCGCGUACAAACAUGCAAGCGCCUGAUUCAAAAAUACCUGCCAAGGACUUACACCUCUCGUCCUUCUCUCAAUGAAGUGGUCAUCGGCAGCGCAGUGCGCACCCCAAUGGGGUCCUUCAAGGGCACCCUGGCAGCUGUUCCAGCGACCAAACUGGGCUCAAUUGCCAUAAAAGGAGCGAUCGAUAAAGCAGGAAUAAAGCCUGAAGAUGUGAAGGAGGUCUACAUGGGGAAUGUGCUCCAAGCAGGAGAAGGACAGGCCCCUACUCGACAAGCAUUGCUUGGAGCAGGCUUGACACUUGGCACUCCAGCAACAACCAUCAACAAAGUGUGUGCCUCCGGGAUGAAGGCUAUCAUGAUGGCAGCACAGAGUUUAAUGUGCGGACACCAGGAUGUGAUGGUGGCAGGAGGUAUGGAGAGCAUGUCCAAUGUACCCUACGUGAUGCCCAGAGAAACACCAGCUUAUGGCGGAGUGAGGAUAGAGGACCUCAUAGUAAAGGACGGACUUACUGAUGUCUACAAUAAAUUUCACAUGGGCAAUUGUGCAGAGAACACGGCGAAGAACAACAACAUUUCCAGGGAGGAACAGGACAAUUUUGCUAUCAGCUCAUACACUCGCAGCAAAGUCGCAUAUGAGUCUGGGGUAUUGGCCAGGGAGAUUGUUCCAGUUAGCGUACCUCAGAGAGGAAAACCAGACCUUGUCGUGUCCGAGGAUGAGGAGUGGAGGCGUGUGGAUUUCAGCAAAGUCUCCAAACUUAAGGCAGUGUUUCAGAAAGAAAAUGGCACAGUGACUGCAGCCAAUGCGAGCACUCUGAACGAUGGGGCGGCUGCUCUUGUCCUAAUGACAGCCGAUGCUGCAAAAAGACUCGAUGUCACUCCACUGGCCAGGAUUGUAUCUUUUGCUGAUGCUGCUGUUGCACCCAUUGAUUUCCCCAUCGCUCCUGUAUAUGCUGUUACAAAAGUGCUGGAUGCCGCCGGCCUGACCAAAGAUGAUAUCACCAUGUGGGAGAUCAACGAGGCCUUUAGUGUCGUUGUUCUGGCCAACAUCAAAAUGCUGGGUCUUGAUCCUGAAAAAGUCAACGUCAAUGGAGGAGCCGUGUCACUGGGACACCCCAUUGGGAUGUCUGGAGCAAGAAUUGUGGGUCACAUGGUGCAUAACCUAAAAUCCGGUCAGUACGGUCUGGCGGGUAUCUGCAACGGAGGAGGCGGGGCCUCGUCUAUUAUUAUUCAGAAAUUGUAGGAAAGUCAACAAAACACAACCUUCUUGUUCAAUACACCAAAAUGUGGUGUGAGGGCUUCUAGACUCCAAGUGGCUUGAUAAGAUCAAUUUUAUUCUAAAGAAUCCAAUGCUGGCGGCCUUAUUUACACAGCAACAAGGACUUCACUCCUAAGACGCCAUGACUUAAGGGUCACACUCCUAUGUUUAACUUCUUAUUUAACUCUGAAUUGAACGGCUAAAUAAAUAGUUCUUGAACAAA